AUGAACGGUCACCAUGCAGAAUGUCACCGAAGUCACUCUGUUUGUACUGAAGGGCUUCACAGACAAGCCUGACCUGCAGAUCUUCCUGUUUUCCCUGUUUCUAGUGAUCUACCUGUUUACUCUGAUGGGAAAUUUAGGACUAGUUGUGUUGGUCACCGGGGGUUCCCGGAUCCACAACCCCAUGUACUAUUUUCUGAGUCUGUUAUCAUGCGUGGAUGCCAGCCUUUCCUCAGUAAUUAUCCCAAAUAUGUUAGUAGAUUUUAUGUCAAAAAAUAAAGUCAUUACAUUCUUUGAAUGUGCAGCCCAGAUGUUUCUCAUUGUUACUUUAGGGACCACAGAAUGCUUCCUCUUGGCCGCAAUGGCAUAUGAUCGCUACGUUGCAAUCUACAAGCCCCUCCUGUAUUCAGUGCGCAUGGCACCCAGGGUCUAUGUGCCACUCAUCACUGCUUCCUAUGUUGGUGGCAUUGUGAAUGCUUCUGUGCACUCAGUGGCCACAUUUAGCCUGUCCUUCUGUGAGUCCAAUCAAAUUAGACACGCCUUUUGUGACAUCCCCCCUCUCCUCGCUCUUUCUAGCUCUGACACUCGCACAAACCAGCUUCUACUCUUCUCCUUCGUGGGCUCUGUUGAGGUAGUCACUAUCCUGAUUAAUCUGAUCUCCUAUGGCUUCAUUCUGCUGGCCAUCCUGAGGGUGCAUUCUGCCGAAGGGAGGAGGAAAGCCUUUUCUACGUGUGUUCACCUAACUGCAGUGUCAAUUUACCAUGGAACCAUCCUCUUCAUGUACGUGAGACCGAGUUCCAGCUACGCCUUGGACCAUGACAUGAUAGUGUCUGUAUUUUACAGCAUCGUGAUUCCCAUGCUGAAUCCAAUCAUUUAUAGUUUAAGGAACAAAGAUGUUAAAGAGGCCAUGAAGAGAGUGUUUGGGAAACUUUGGUUUAUCAAUAAAGUGUAUUUUUCAAAUUAA